CCGUCAGGUUUAUGUUAGUUUCUUCAUUAAUCUAUCUAUGAACACAAUCUAUAUUUCGUAAAUCCAUGGCUUUCUAGGGCGGAAUUCAGCUAAAUUUUCGUAAUUAUGGUAGACAAAUUUUGCCAAUCAAAAGCCUGUAUUUUUACAUAUCACAAAAUGCGAUAGAUAUGUUUACAAAUUCUUUAGAUUAUCCACAGGAAUAUUUCCCAGACAGUCACCAAUAACCCAUUGUGGAGCUCUAGUGCAGUGUAAAAGGACCUACUUAUCUAAUUUCAUCUCUUAAUCCAUGAGAGCUACAAGCGAAUUUAUGAAGCAUGUACAAAACUUGUCUGGGCAAGGAAUCCAGGAUCGUACCAAUUGUAUAUUAAUUACCAGUUUCUUGCUUUGAUUAAAAAAAAUUAUUGAAGAAGAGAGAGUGACAUGGAGACAAUUAUUAAAAACUUUACAGAAUAAUCUUAUAUUAGCAAUGUUUGCGCAAAAUUGACACACACUUGAUUCAAAUUCAUGUAUAAGAAAUUGAAACUUACAAGUCUUUCUAUUCAUGUUGUGCUUGUGAAAAAUUCUCACUUGAGUAAAGUUUAAAUUUGCACUUUUUUUUGUUGUUUAAUUUGGUGAGCAACCCUAUUUAUUAUGUGUGACAAAGCAUUAACAUCGGAAGAUGAUUUUGAAUAUCCGCUUGUACCAACCUUAUGCAUGUAGCGAAUGUGAUUACACAUUCACACACAAAUCCAGUGAAAAUAAAAAUAAAUACUAGAACCAUUCAUAUUGCAACGUAAACUCAUAUAGUGUGUGACAGAACAUUCACACAUAAAUAGUUUAUAUCACCAACGUGUUGUUUGUAAUAAAGAUAAGCCUUUUACAUGUCUGAUAAAACAUUCACAUGGAAAGAUUAUUAAUAUCUCUUGAAUGCUCAUACUGGAGAAAAGCUUUAUUCAUGUAAUAUUUGUGAUAAAACAUUAUCAAAGUAGAAUUACCUAAAUGAAUGCUAGAGAGAAGCAGUUUUUAUGUAACAUGAGUGAUAAAACAUUCACUAGUAAAAGUAAUUUAAUUGAACACCAUGAAACUCAUAUAGGUGAGAAGCUGUUCUCAUGUAGUGAAUGUAAUAAAACAUUCACACAAAAAAUUAAUUUAAAUAGUCACUCUCUUGUUCAUACUGGAAAAAAGCCUCAUUCAUGCAGUUUAUGCAAUAAAACAUUCAUGCAGAAAAGUAAUUUAAAUAAACACUAUCUCGUUCAUACCGGUGAGAAGCCAUUCUCGUGUAAAAUGUGUAAUAAAACAUUCAAGCACAAAGUUAGUUUGAUUGAACACUGUGCUAUUCAUACUGGUAAAAAACCUUAUUCGUGUAAUAUCUGUGAUAAAACAUUCAGCUAUUAUUCUUAUUUAAAUAAACACUCUGUUGUUCAUACUGGGGCAAAACGUUUUUCUUGCAGUGUGUGUGAUAAAACAUUUGGGCGGAGAAGCACAUUAAAUCAACACAUUCUUAUUCACACAGCAGAGAGACCUUUUUCUUGCAAUGUGUGUGAAAAAACAUUCGCUCAUAGAAAUUCUUUAAAUAAACACAAUCUUAUUCAUACUGGAGAGAAACCUUUUUCUUGCAAUUUGUGUGAUAAAACAUUUGCUCAAAGAAGUUCUUUAAAUAUGCACAUUCUUGUUCAUACUGGAGAGAAACCUUUUUCAUGCGGUGAGUGUGAUAAAACAUUCUCACAGAAAAGUUCUUUAAAUACACACAUUCUUAUUCAUACUGGAGAGAAGCCUUUUUCUUGCAGUGUGUGCGGUAAAACAUUUGCUCAGAGGAGUACUUUCAAUUCACACAUACUUGUUCAUACUGGAGAGAAACCUUUUUCUUGCAGUAUGUGUGAUAAAAGAUUUGCUCAUCGAAGUACUUUAAAUGCACACAUUCUUGUCCAUUCUGGAAAAAAACCUUUUUCUUGCAAAGUAUGUGAUAAAACAUAUGCAAAAAAGCGGAGUUUAGAUAACCACUAUGCCAUUCAUAACACAAAAAUAUUAUAAUUUUCUUGUACCAAGAAAGCAAUUUAAAUUGAAAAUCUCUUGAUACUGUCUUUUUGGCAUAUCAAUCAUUUAAGGCAAAAGGACAAGUAUGUCUUUGUAGACAUGAGGUUUAACUAGAUUACUAGUAUUCUGACAAGUUAAUCCAUUGUCAUAAUUAGGAAUGAGUUUCUUCCCUUCUUUGGCAGAAUUCAGCUUCUUUUUUUUUUUUUUCUUCAGUUAAUUAGAAUUCUGUCUUUUUCAGAGAAAAUUCUGCUUUUUUGAAUUCUCAAAUUUUUUACAACUUUUCCUAUCUUUGUGAAUGUGGCUUAAAAUUACAUCCCAAUAAUUUAAAAUCCUGAUUCGUAAUAACACAAUAUCAAUUGCUCAUCUUGAUUCACAUUUUUGAGAUUUAAGACUCUCAUCAGAAUUCAUAUUACUACAAUUAAUUAAUGCCACAAGAUAGCGAAUAAUUGGGAAAACUUGAGGCAGGCGAAUCACAGGUCUGCUCAAUGUCCCAGACCAUUAUUAGAGAUUUCUAGCCAAAAGGUAUAGGUUGGAAGAUAUUCACCGAUUGGAGUGGCCUGCAAGGUCAUCAAAUAUGUAUGGGACACCCUUGAACGCUCAAAUAUAACUUUAAGACCAGCUCCAAUGUCCAUCGAUGAGCUGAAGAAGAUGACACAUGAGGAACUUUUUAUUGCAACUUCUCUUUUCCCUCUUAACGCAAUUUAAAAUUUAUGAUAUAGAAAAAGAGAGUUCAGGGAAACUUAAAGUAAGCCAUGACGCUUCAAAUACUGAAAAAUAUUUUUCAAAAUGAAAAUAAAAUAUGAGAAGAUAGCUCAGGUUCACAGAAUGAAAAAAUUCUAAUUUUUUGUUUACAUUUUGAUAUUUUAAUAAAAAAUUUUAAUUCGAAACUUCAUGGCUUACUUGGUUAACCUUAACUCAAUUUUUCUAUAUUAUGGAGGAAAUAUAGAAUUUGCAAUGAUAAGUUUCUCCCGCAGUAUGUUAUCCUCUGAAGGGUGCCUCAUUGCCACAGAGAUUGAUAAAAACCAUAAACAGUAUGUAAUGCCGAAUCAAAAUAUGUGUAGCUGUUAUAGACUAUCAUACACUUUAUUAGAAGUUUUUCUGUGACUGACAAGAUGUUAAUCAGCUGAAGAGCCAGACAAGAAACCAGUUUCUUUUUUAAGGUACAGGUUGUGCCCUUUUUGUUUUCACAUAUAUUGGUCUUAUAUGGGAUAUUUUAGCCAGGAGUGGUUUGGAGUGUUGAUAAUAUAAGUUGGAUAAUGGAGUUUUUUUUUUACAUUUUAAGCUUGAAUAUAACAUGACAAUGAUUUUUUCAAGUAAAAUGUCUGCUAAGAUAAAGUAGGUCAUAACUUUUUGACAAUACAAGAAAAUUUUUGUGCACAACGCUUUUUUUUUUGCCAUCAAAAAAAAUUUUUUUUAAGAAAAAAAUAUUGUUAAUAUCAUUUUUUACUAAGUCAAAGUAGAUGGUAUAUUUUCAGAUAUGUUAUAAAAUUAAAAUUACUGGAAGUAUCUUCGUAUAAUAUUAUUCCAUUUAAAAACAAACUUUGGAUCUUAUUGUAUAAGGUGCUUACUUUCUUCAGAAAUUUUCUGUUUGCACAUCAAAUUUUUGCUGGUGUAACUUUCAGGAUGUUCCCAUUUUUUUUUCCAUUCUUAAUUCCUAAAGCAUCAUUUAAUUGUGCUAAAUUAAAUUCAUUUUAAUAAAUCUUAAUGUGAAGAAUUUAUCUUUACUAUAAAAAUAUUAUUAAAUAUAUAAUUAUACAUAUUCUAUUCACAUAUUCAUAAUAUUUAAUUCACCUUGCUGAGUUUUUAGAGGUAGUAAGUUUCAAAAAAUUUUGUUUUCAAUAUUAAGUCCUUUUGUAGACAAUGGGUCAUGUGAUAUAACAAAAAUUUCAAGGUUAUUAAAUCAAAUUUUCUUUUGAUGUUACCGCACAUUAUGUGUGAACAGAAACCAACAAAUCCUAGGCGACAAUUUUAACUUAAUUCUCAUUCAUCGCAAAUUAGUACAGAACACGAUAUAAAUAAUAACUUCGUAUUACGGAUAUCCUGAUGCUUUUAAUACUGUAUUAUCACAACAGUAAGAGUUUUGAAUCAGGCACUUAGGCAAUCACUUUUCGCAUUGAACAAUUCUAAUUCCAUUAAAUUAUACAAUCUUUUUUUUUCUUCCUGUCAUUGCUGGUGAAAUUAGACAACCCUUUAAAAUUCUCAAUUUUUUUAUGACACACAAAAAACAAUUUUUAGAGGAUUAAGUUUAUUUUUCAAAGUGUAAAAAUUUUUCAUAUUUUGAAAUAGAUUUAUUGAAAACGAAUUUCUUCCAGUAAUGACUUUUAGCGAGAGGAAAGAAACAAAGAACAAGAGAUUUUCAUCAACACAUGAUGUAAUAUACAUGUAAAAAUUAGUCUCUUUGUAGUGAAUGAAAUAAAGUAAAAAUGUUUGAAUUUCCUUUGAAUAAAGAGCAAUAAAACCCAUGGUAAAAGA